GAUUGGACGACGGACUGUCAGUUGCUAAGCGUGUCUGUCAGAGUCAGCCAAUAAGCUUGCUUGUUGUUGGCCUGUGCACCGGUUCGCCGGUCCGUUUUGCAGCUGGGAAAAGGGGAAGCCACUGGCAAGGGGCAGGCGGCGUUGGCGGCGGCGGCACGGUGCUAUGGACCUCAGGGACAAUGUCGAGACCGGGGAGACGGAAAACCACCAGGAGCUGUUCUACAUGCCCAUCCCGGAUGAAGAACCGUGCAAGAGGGUGCAGGAGAAGCUGUCGGGGGUCGUCAAAAACGUCCACAGAAAACUGCGCAGGAAAUACAGAGAGGUGGGCGACUUUGAAAAGAUCUGGCGCGAGCACUGUGAGGAUGAGCAGACGCUGAGUGAGUACGCCCUCGCCAUGAAGAAUCUAGCUGACAACCACUGGACCAAAAACCGCGAAGGAGAGGGCCGCAUCGAAUGGUGUCGCAGUGUCUGUCAGGAGUAUUUUUUGGAUGGCGGGAUGAAAAGAAUGUUGGAGAAGGAUGAGAAAAGUGCCAUGCUUGCCAUGGGCCUGACUGCAACGGCUGUAAGUGCCCAACAGCACAUCACCAACCCCAGUUCGAUCUCUCAGCUGGGAAAAAUGCGCCUUCUAGAUGUGGGAAGCUGCUUCAACCCUUUCCUGAAGUUUGAUGAGUUCCUCACAGUUGGUAUUGACAUAGUGCCUGCAGUUGAGAGUGUGUACAAGUGUGACUUCCUCAACCUUCAGCUCCAGCAGCCUCUGCAGCUGGCUGGUGACGCGGUCGAGGCGUUCCUCCGCCAGCUCCACAACCCCAUCGACUCUCUGCCUGCCCAGCUGUUCCACGUGGUUGUCUUCUCCCUGCUCCUGUCUUACUUCCCCUCCCCAUACCAGCGCUGGAUUUGCUGCAAAAAGGCCCACGAGCUGCUGGAGCUGCACGGCCUGCUGCUCAUCAUCACGCCCGACUCUUCCCAUCAAAACCGCCACGCCCUCAUGAUGCGCAGCUGGCGCGUCGCUGUCGAGUCGCUGGGCUUCAAGCGCUACAAAUACGUCAAGUAUUCCCACAUGCAUCUCAUCGCCUUCCGCAAGGUGUGUCUGGCCACCACCAGUGACCUGGUGUCACGCAACUACCCUGAGAUGCUCUACAUCCCGCAGGACUUCCACUCCAACGAGGAGGAGGAGUGUGCCGACGUGCCCGUGCAGGUGCGCUCCGAGUUUGAGGAUGACCAGCUGGCUUGGGGCUUCACGGAGCUACCUGAUGCGCCCUAUGAUUCAGAUUCCGGGGAGAGCCAGAGCAGCUCGGUGCCUGGCUUCCAUGAGCUAGAAGACCCCAUCCUGCUGCAGAGCUAGGCUAAACAUGCCCCCACCCCUCCCCUCCCCAGCCCCUCCUUCCUUCCUUCUACAGAACUGCCACCUCCCCUUCAACUGCUGCGCUGCCAAAUUUAACCUGCUGCAUUCUUCUCCCACUUCUCCCCCAUCUCCUCAAAAUAAUGCAGUUUGCACAGUGCGAAAGAGCAAAGUUUACAGAUUAUUUUCUCAAAUCCACACUCCUCUGAGAGUAAACACACAUACACACACACACAAAUACACAUCACACACACUAAGAUGGAUAUAUUUUGAUAAAUAUCUAGGUUUUUUAAGAGUUGGAAAGCGAAUGCCCUUAAGAUAUCAAAACCCCUUCUCCUUGAUUUCAAUCCCAUCUUCCAAUCAGCACUCAGUAACAAAAAGUCAGCUUGUCUACAUCUUGUACUUCUAUUUGAAUAAGCUAGUGCGGCAGGCGACUUAGUACAAAAGACAAAUACAUACAGCAACCAGAACAGAGUAACAGGAGUUUUGAUUGCACUGGAGAGACUGAGAUGAAGUGACUCGACUGGUACGCUUUGCUUCUGUCACAGCCAUGCAGCUCCACUUUCUCAAACUUCUUGAUGUGCAUUUAGUUUUCCAAGACAAAAAAAAAAAAAAAAUGGGUUAGAAAUAUAUAUUCUCGACAGUCAAAACAUUGGUGUUGUCCAGUGUUGAGUGUGGCAAUGCCAUUUUUGAAUAUGGCAUCAUCUGAAUGAUUUGUGUAUCUUUUACAAGGAAGUGGUAUUUGUAGCAUUUUAAACAUUUCAGAACCAUAUGGUAGGAGUAUUACUAGUUUACUAAUGUGAAAUUGUAACUGUGUAGAUUCAUGUGUGACAAGGUACGAGUGUUUCAGAGUAGGUAUUACAGACUUUCUUCCUCCUUGUUGUCCUGAUAUUGAUCUAUCUCCUGUUAGAUUUCAGAUACCUUUCUGUUUGCCAGGCCGAGAAAUAUUACAACACUGCAAGUCAGUGACCCAUAUCAAAUGUAAUACACAGCACCCGUAUCUAUUGACACAACUUUGUAACUUUGAUGUGAAAAUACAAGUGCUCUGCCUCCAAAACGCUCCUCGGUGAGGAAAUUCACCUCUGACAGAGGAAAUUUGCACUAAUUAACUGUUUUGUCGUACGGAACCUCUGAAACAGGUGAUAAUCCAGAUUUUAGCAAUAUAAGCGAGACCUGAUCCUAAUGUAUCCUACAUGGGGAGAUUUUAGCAAAAGACACUACCUGGUGAAUUGUAAGUGUGUGUUCCUGCCUGUCCCUGAACAGGCUGAAUGUGUGGCUCUGGUUGGGAUUAUCAGUGUGAAUGAAGGAAUGAAUUGUUGAUGUGUUUCUUUUUGUCAGUGGCACUUUAUAAUUGAUCCCAAAGGGUGCCACGAAAUGUACUUAUUUUCCUAUAAAGAAAGUUUUACAACCAGUACGAGGGGCCCGUGAAAUAAUACCAGUGAAUCGAGGUGCCUUCUUUGUUCCUAUUUACUGUAUGUUGCAGAAAGUUAAAACUCACACCUUGAAACAAAAGUUUUUUUCUUUGGCCAAACAGUACAUUCAACUAUCCCUUUUUAUUUGUCAUUAUGGAUAACUAGAAACAUUAACAGUUUUGGUGUAAUGCAGUGUGUUGUUGCCAUUCCCGUUUCAUUUUCCAGUUAAUUCAACUUUCUCUCUCUCUCUGAUGUCUCCUCUUUUUUUCCACAGAAUUUUUUUUUCUUCACAAUAACAUACAUAAUCAGGCUUUUAAGAAGGGUUUUUUGUGAUUUAAUGGUGCAUUUGUCUUCCAGUGUUUCCUUUUGUCCAUUUGCAUGAGAUGGUUCAUCGACAUUAUCUACAUUUUCAACAAAGCAGAACAAUGUGUGCUUACAGUAUGGUUGUAUCUCUCUUUUAUAAAUGAAUGUAAACAUAA